CAAAGAAAAGAAGAAAUGGCCACACAAACAAAAUAACACAAAUUGCACUCUCCGCCGUGUACACACAUUCCCAAUAUCCAAUUAUCCAUCCAUACAUUGCGUUAACCAUAGAUAAGAUUCUCAGAGACAUUUUAUCAAACACUUGCCACUCCUCUCCGUCUAAUGAACUUGGCGCAUAAACGAAGGUUCAGAGAGGAAAAACCUUUUCUCUUAUUCUCACUGUUUGUGAAGACUGCAUGAAUUGUACAAAGUCUAUCUGGUUGAAGUUUCACAAGAAACGACAACUAUGGCUAUCGCUUCGCCCACCGUUAAUCUCCAUUUCACCGAAUUCCCUAUUCUUCGUCGUUCUCUCUCGCAUCAACCUUCAUCUCGAUUACAAUUACGCUACCGCCUAGCUCCUAGUAGAGGAUUGAACCUUAGUAAUUACUACCAGAGUUGUGUCUCUCACAGAUUUGCGUUUUUGAAUUCGAAGUGUUCGAUUAUAAAUACUGAUGUACAAUUGGAAUUGGACCAUGCUAACAUCACUGAUGAAGAUAAAAAUGAAGGAGAGUGUUCAAUUCUCCAACCUGAAUGUCCUGUGCCAAUUAAACUCAGUACAGAUAUUCUGGAGAAUGAGUCUUUGAACCUACUCUCUGAAGGCACAUUUGUAGAUUCUCUCUUGACAUCGUUGCCGUUUGUUUGGCAGGUUUUGUCUAAGGAGGAACAACAUGCUCUUGCAUCCACUCCAGCACACCCUGCUGCGCUAUAUGCUUUCUAUUCUAGUUGCAUUGUUGCAAAUUUUGUGGAGCAGCUUUGGACUUUUGCGUGGCCUUCUGCCAUUGCCUUGAUUCAUUCAAGCCUCUUGCCAGUUGCUGUGAUGGGUUUCUUCACCAAAGUGGCUAUAAUUGUUGGCGGUCCCUUGGUUGGAAAAUUAAUGGAUCAUUUGCCUAGAGUGCCUGCAUAUAACUACUUAACUAUCAUUCAGGCAACCACUCAGUUGCUAUCUGCAGCUAUGAUUAUCCAUGCCCAUUCUGUGCCUCCUACUUCAGUGUCCACUUUGUUUCUGCGUCCAUGGUUUGUCAUAUUGGUUUCAGCCGGAGCUAUUGAGAAGCUAUGUGGUGUAGCUUUGGGGGUUGCAAAUGAGCGUGACUGGGUUGUGCUGCUCACAGGAGUAAAUAGGCCAGUCGCACUUGCAAAUGCAAAUGCUUUUCUAAAUCGAAUUGAUCUCUUAUCUGAGAUAGCUGGAGCAUUGCUGUUUGGAAUCCUUCUUUCCAAAUUUCAUCCUGUAACCUGUUUAAAAUUUGCUUCAGGCUUAAUGAUUGGAUUACUACCUGUUACAAUCGUUUUAACAUGUUUAGCCAACAAGCUUUCUACUGGUGUUCUUGACCGACCCAAACCAUCACAAACCUGUGGUAUAUCAUUCAAUGAAGAUUCUGCACCAGAUACUGAGAGUAUAGUGGUUAAAGGUAUGGAAGCCAUCAAGCUGGGCUGGAAGGAGUAUUUGGGUCAGCCAGUCCUCCCUGCUAGUAUUGCGUGGGUUCUCCUCUAUUUCAAUAUUGUUCUCACACCAGGCAGUUUGAUGACAGCAUUUUUAACACAACAUGGCUUACAUCCAUCUAUCAUUGGAGGAUUUAGCGGAAUGUGUGCUUUUAUGGGUGUGGCAGCAACAUUUGUGUCUUCAACUCUGGUCAAGCAAUUUGGCAUUUUAAAGGCUGGGGCAGUUGGGUUGGUGUUUCAAGCUUUACUUCUCAGCAUGGCUGUUGCUGUAUAUAUGAGUGGAUCAAUAUCACAUCAGAGCCCUCUUUUUAUUUUCUUGUUUCUUAUCAUUUUGUCACGGCUAGGACACAUGUCAUAUGAUGUUGUAGGGGCACAAAUUAUCCAAACUGGAAUCCCAUCAUCUAAAGCAAAUCUCAUUGGGACUACAGAAGUUGCGGUUGCAAGUUUGGCUGAGUCUAUAAUGCUCGGUGUUGCAAUAAUCGCAAAUGAUCCUUCUCAUUUUGGAUGUUUGGCAAUGUUGUCUCUUCUAUCCGUGGUUAGUGCAGCGUGGAUGUUCUGUAGAUGGUUAUCGAACCCAACAGACGAACAAAAAAGUCUUUUUUCUUAUAAUCCUCGGUUUUGAUGUUUAUUUAUGUUCCAUUAGCUGCCUUAUUACAAAGACCGGACAAGAACCAAAAUAUAUUCAAAACAUUUAGCAUGGUGGGUGAUUUAUCCACCUGAUACACGAGCCUGAGGCAUUCUCUUCUCGCCUGAGGCGUCUUCUACGUAAAAAUGUAUAACAUGUCUUGAUAUAAUUAGUGCACAUAAUAAAUUAGGUUAGUUAGGUGUCUAGGGUUACCAUGCACAGCACAAACGUUUCGUAAAGUAUUUAAUGAUUUUUGAAUUCUUUUCUGGAGUUUAGAAAUGUAAACAGGUUUGCUGCGGAAUUGCGGCAAUUCUGUUAGGAUUUAGUAAUUCAUAGGGAAAUCUCAAUUGCUCACAAUUAUUUGGAUUUGGGUGAAGGGUUCAUUUUGAGCAAAUUGGAGUAGUUAUGUGUGGAAUUGAUUUUUUUUAAAAGAGAGAAAUUGGUGGGUUGGUAACUUGAAAUUAUGAUCAUAUGUGUGUUGUAAGUAGUGAUCAUAUGUAUUGACUAAAUUUAUGAAAUUGCCAUAAUUUUAUAUUCUUUUUUGGUGCA